UGUGAUUCUCGUACUAUUACUGCUGACCCUUCUGGUGGUGGUCAUGGUAGUAGUAGUAGUGGUGGUGGUGGAGGUCAGAGCGCACGGCAGCAGGGACAAAAAACAUUGGGUGACCGUACAGAUGAGAACAGGGCUGGCAACGGUACUGCUGAAGAUCUCGCCGAACCAGAAAAGAACAAUAAAGCACAAACAGGCAGUGAUGAACAAAGUAAACAAUUAAAUGAAGCUGGUGAAGGAGUAGGGAGCCCUUCCGUUGGCGACAAAAGAGACGCUGAGAAUACUGAUUCCCAAA